AUUUCACUCUCAUCCAGUCUGCAUCAGGCGAUGCACAAAGUCGCUUGUCUUUAACGAUACACGUUUCACAUUCUUAUAUUUAUGCACAUUAAAAAAAAAAACGCUUUUCUUAAACUCAAAGAGAAUCAUCAUGUUGAACAGAUUUAGCUUCAUGGAGCAGAGGAUGGAUUUUUCGUUCUACAGAUUUCGGAGUUAAAUAAAGGAAGUUUGACUCAAUAGUCAUUUUUGAAGGGUUCAAAUUGGAGAAUUGAAGGACUACUGUCGUUGUUUUUUUUUAAUGGAAAAAAUGGCCCACAAACAAGUAUCCCUGCACUUUCUCUUCUUCCUCUUUAUCCACCUGCUCGCCGCUUCCGCUCGUCGGUCUCACUACUCCGGAAGAAUCGUCGAGAACUCCCCGGCCGGGACGCCCGUGGACGGCGUGGCCGUGCCGGUAUUUGCCGGUGUCUGCCCCGGUCGUGGAGCCACGUUGAAGGGGAGCUACGCGUCCGACUUCCGUCUCCGUCUCCUCCACGGACGCCGGCGCCACCUGGUUCUGGUGUCAUCCAAACGUUUGGACCGGGAGUUCAUCGCCAUGUACGAGCUUACCGUGGAGCGGUGUGCGGGGGUUCCGGUGUUGAUCCAGGUGGAGGUUACGGACGUCAACGACAACGCGCCCCGCUUCACAGCCGGUAAUAGAACCCUGGAGGCGGACGAGUUCACCCCGCUCGGCACCGAGUUGGCUCGGUUCGACGCCAAGGACGGAGACGCGGAUGUAAAUGGGCGCGUUACAGUUUACGCACAACCCGAGUCCAACUUGCUCCGCGUGGACCCGGAGAGCGGACAGGUGACGCUGGUGGGCUCCCUCCGCGGGCUGAGCCGAGUCACGACCCGGCUUUACGUCAAGGACGGCGGGGAAGAGCCGCUGGUCGGCGGGCCGGUCGUCCUAGAAGUCCUGGUGCGCCGGUCGGGCAGGACCCAGCCGGCCAAGCGGAAGUCGCGCGCCCUGGCUGAGGAGGUGACCUACGCCGUGAGCGUCCCGGAUCAAGCCGGCAUCGGGGAUCUGGUGUUCACGGUUCCCGACCGGAGGUUCGAGCAGCGAUGGUUCGAGGUGAGCUCCGACGCCGACUCGCCGGUGCAGAUUGAGAGGGACUCCGGGAGAGUGUUCCUAGCGCGCAGCCUGCCGGAACCUGCGGAGGUGAUGGUCAAGAUCCACAAACACAGAGGUGACGAGUGGUACCUGUGCCGGUUGACUCUGAGCUCACUCAGUCAGGCCCACCUGCAGUGGACCAUGUUCCCGGCCCCCUUUCUAGCGGCCGUAGGUCCCGACGCCGCCCCCGGGACUGUGGUCUACCGCUUGUCAUCACGGCAACGUGACGGCACCCUCGGACAGCCUCAGUUCAUCCUAUUGGACGGUGGUAUGGACUGCUUCGAGGUGGACCGCCGCUCAGGCGAAGUCAGGACCACGGGGCGCCCCUUGACCCCCAGCCAUGAAUACCAUCUGCGGGUUCAGGCGGUGGACGCCGACGGCAGCAAAGGUCCGCCGGCCACCGUGUCGGUCCUCGCCGGCUUCCGGCCGCCGCAGUUCACCGACGCCACCUAUCAGCUCAACGUGGCUGAGAACGUGGCCGUCGGACAGCCUGUGGGUGCAGUCCAAGCCGUGUCUUUCCAGAAGAAGACGCUGGCUUACCUGCUGCAGUCGAAUCCCGGCAAUCUGUUCAGCAUCAACCAGGAGAGCGGCUCCCUCAGCCUCACCCGCGCCGUCGACUACGAGAAUGGGCACAACGUGCAUACGCUGCAAGUCCGAGCCUCUGAGCCCGACACUGGCCUCAGCGGAAUGUGUGAGGUUGUUGUCUACAUAACAGAUGAAAACGACUGCACCCCGGAGUUCUUGCACUCCAUUUAUACCCGAGACAACGUUCCUGAGAAUGUCACCCCCGGAACGUCACUGCUGCAAGUUCUGGCUCGGGACUGCGACUCGGGUGUCAACUCGGAGCUCUCCUACUCAGUCCAUGGCGGCGACUUUGACAUAACAUCUGCGGGCGUGGUCAGCGCCGCCCGCCGGCUGGAUUACGAGCGGCCCAAUCACGUCUACGAGUUCCUAGUGGUCGCCGUGGACGCCGGGAUGCCGACCCGCACCGGCACCGCCUCCAUACGCGUCCGGGUGGCAAACACUAACGACGAGACCCCCAUCUUCUCGCAGACGGUCUACAAGACGUUCUUGAGUGAGGAUGCGGGCCCAGACACCCUGGUCGCCAUCGUCCACGCCAACGACCCUGAUGGCGACGGUGUCUCGUAUGCUAUCACUGGCGGAAACGAGGACAGCAAUUUCCUAUUGGACAACCAGAAAGGCAUCAUUAAGCUGCGGCGGAGCCCUCCGCCUCGACUCAAAGGUCCUCAGUACGUCCUCACCAUCACCGCCACCGAUGACAAUGCAUCCGGCGGUCCGUACCCACUCAGCAGCUCAGCUCAGGUCAUCGUGGGAAUCAACGACAUCAACAACAACAAGCCCAUCUUCCUGGAGUGUCAGAACUACAGUUUGAAAGCCGCCGUUCUGGAGAACCAGCCCCCCGGGACUUUUGUGUUGAGGGUCCAGGCCCAGGAUGCUGACAUGGGGGUGAACGGAGAAGUCAAGUACGGGAUCAUGCACAGGGAUGGGGUGUCGUCUGGAUUUGACAUCCAUCCAGACACGGGCGUGAUCACGACGGCGGUGAGUUUCGACCGGGAGCGUCAGCGCGAGUUCACGCUGUCGGUAACCGCCACCGACCAAGCCGAGGAGCCGCUCAUCGGCAUCUGCCAGAUCACCGUCCUCGUCGCAGACCAGAAUGACAACGACCCCAAAUUCGAGAACAGCCGCUACCAGUGCGUGAUCACGACGGCGGUGAGUUUCGACCGGGAGCGUCAGCGCGAGUUCACGCUGUCGGUAACCGCCACCGACCAAGCCGAGGAGCCGCUCAUCGGCAUCUGCCAGAUCACCGUCCUCGUCGCAGACCAGAAUGACAACGACCCCAAAUUCGAGAACAGCCGCUACCAGUGCGUGAUCACGACGGCGGUGAGUUUCGACCGGGAGCGUCAGCGCGAGUUCACGCUGUCGGUAACCGCCACCGACCAAGCCGAGGAGCCGCUCAUCGGCAUCUGCCAGAUCACCGUCCUCGUCGCAGACCAGAAUGACAACGACCCCAAAUUCGAGAACAGCCGCUACCAGUGUGAGUGUUUGACGGUUAAGGCCACGUCUGCGCUGGGUGACCCGCGGGUCACCUACAACCUGGAGGAGGGUCAGGUACCCGAGACCAACAUGCCCGUGCGCUUCUACAUAAAACCAAACCGCGCGGGCGGCUCGGCGUCCAUCCUGGUGGCCGAGAACUUGGACUACGAGACCACGCGCUUCUUCGCUCUCAGGGUUCGAGUCCAAAACGUCGCCGCCGUGCCGCUCGCCUCCUUCGCAACCGUUUACGUCAACGUCACAGACGUGAAUGACAACGUUCCUUUCUUCCUGUCCUCCACGUACGAGGCCACGGUUCCCGAGGGGGCCGAGGUGGGCACGUCAGUGGCUCAGGUGUCGGCCAUCGACUUGGAUUCAGGCCUUCACGGCAUGGUCCACUACACCAUCUUGAAGGAUGAGAGUGGAGACUCUGGACUGUUCAGCAUCCAUCCGAUGAGCGGGGUCAUCACCACGCGGGCCUCCUUUGACCGAGAACAAAAAGCCUCCUACCUUAUCGAGGUCCAGUCGCAGGACGGCUCUGAGUCGGCAAGACCGGGACAGCAGGGACAGCCCAACACCGACACGUCCUACGUCAGGAUCUUUGUGGCGGACGUCAACGACAACGCGCCGACAUUCCCACGCUCGGUGUAUGAGGUGAGCGUGGAAGAGGACAAGGAGGUGGGCUUCGUCAUCAUCACCGUCACAGCCAACGACCACGACGAAGGUGCCAACGCCAAGCUACGCUAUCAGAUCGCAGCGGGCAACACCAUGGGCACUUUCGACGUGGAGCCCGAGGUGGGCACCGUCUUUGUGGCGCAGCCGCUGGACUAUGAGAUGGAGCGGCGCUUCGAGCUGCGACUGGUGGCCUCGGACGGCAAGUGGGAGAACGAGACGCUGGUGGUGGUGCAGGUGGUCAACCGUAACGACGAGGCGCCCGUCUUCAGCCUGAGCGAGUACCACGCCGUCAUCCAGGAGGAGCUCACCGAGCUGCCCGUGUUCAUCAUGGAGGUUUCCGCCACCGAUCCUGACCAAGAUGCCGACCAGACUGCUCUGCGCUACUCCCUCCAUGGCCAAGGCGCAGGCGGUGAGUUCACUAUCAAUGAGCGCACCGGGAGUAUCUACGCCCAACGCCGUCUAGACCGGGAGGAACGUCCAGCCUGGAGGUUCCUGGUCCUGGCCACAGAUGAGGGAGGGUCGGGACUCACCGGAUUCGCGGACGUCCUAUUGGAGGUACGCGACAUCAAUGACAACGCGCCUUUCUUCCCGUGCCCGGCGCUGGAAGUGGAUGGCUGUUUUGUUGGCCAAGUGCCUGAAAACUCCCCCGCUGACACCUCCGUCAUGGAGAUGAGAGCUAUGGACUUGGACGACCCCAACGAAGGCAAGAACGCAGCACUGAGCUACAGCAUCGUCAAGAACGUCCGCAACGAGAUCAACCUCAACCUUUUCUCCAUCAACGCCACCACGGGAACCAUCUAUACCGUGCUGCGCUCCCUCGACCGGGAGGCGGAGGAGCGCUAUCUGGUGGUUGUGGAGGCCCGGGAUGGCGGGGGUUUGGCUGGGACAGGGACUGCCACCAUCCUGGUUUCGGACGUUAACGACCACCCGCCCAUCUUCUCCCAGAGGGUCUACACCACCCAGGUAACUGAGGACCUGGAGGUGAACAGCGAGGUUCUCGUGGUGUCCGCCACCGAUGGAGACCAGGACGAGAAUGCCGUAGUGACCUUCAGCAUUGUGGGGGGUGACGAUGACAGGAAGUUCUUGGUGGAGACUGACAAGGUGAACCGACGCGGCGUAAUCAAGCUCAAGAAGAAAGUGGACUUUGAGAAGCCCCAGGAGAGGACUUUCAAUCUUACUCUGAAGGCCGAGGAUGCGGAUUUCUUCAGCCUGGCGUACUGUCUGGUGCAGGUGGAGGACGCCAAUGACCACGCUCCCGUCUUCUUACCGCAGUUCUACGAGUCGCCGGCCAUGUCCGAGGACGUUCCUGUGGGCACUAUUGUUGCCCAGGUGAUGGCUACCGAUCUGGACUCUGGACAAAACGGACGGUUUUCUUACAGUAUCGCCAAGGAGUCCGACCCCUACGAUCAGUUCCUCGUGGACCAAUCCGGUUGGGUGGUGGUGGCGAACUCUUUGGACCGGGAAAAAAUCUCUCAGCAUCGGGUCAUGGUCCUCGCCACGGACGCCGGCAGCCCAGGCCUGACUGGCACAGCGAUAGUCAUGGUAACCGUGCUGGACGUCAACGACAACGGGCCGGAGUUUGAGGCCCCCUACAGGCCGGUGGUGUGGGAGAACACAGCAGCCCCGCAGGCGGUGUGGAUGAACGCCAGCUCGCUGCUGCUGCACGCCACCGACCGCGAUCUCUCCUCUAACGGUGGACCUUUUUCCAUACGUCUUCUUCCGCUCACCGCCGACGCGGCCGACUUCAACCUGACCGACUUUCGCAACGGCAGCGCCUCCGUCACCGCCCUGCGGACAUUUGACCGCGAGCGCCGAAAGGAAUACCGACUCCCUAUCCUCAUGAUCGACAGCGGCUCGCCCGCCAUGAGCUCCACCAGCACGCUAACGGUGGUCAUCGGAGACCGGAACGACCACCCCCACUCACCAGGGCACGCCAACUUCAUAGUGUACAGUUACGAAGGUAUCCUGCCAACGACAGUGCUGGGCCAAAUCCCAUCCCCAGAUCUCGACGACUGGAGCGAGAAGACGUACCAAUUUGAAGGCAAACCAUCCCGGUUGUUCAGCGUGAACCACAGUUCUGGCCAGCUGAGCAUCAGGGAGGGGGUCCCUCCUGGCUCCUACCAGCUGCAGGUACGCGUAUCCGAUCCUGCCUGGCCAGACGUCACAUCCACAGCGCAGGUGGACGUGAUCGAGCUGCCGCAGGAAGCGCUGCGGAACGCCGCCUCCCUCCGACUACGCAAUAUGACGGUAGAAGAGUUGUUCUUGUCCAGAGGCGGCGAGGAGAUCCGCUUCUCCCAUUUAGGUCGGAUGCUGGCCGAUCUCUUCCAGACGAGCCCGGAGAAGGUCCACGUCUUCUCCGUGGAAGACGCCGGCCCAGAGCGGGAGAGGGAGCUGAGCGUGUGGUUCGCCGCGCAUGGCUCGCCGUAUUACAAGGCCGAGAAACUGCAUGGUUUCGUGGCGGCCAAUAAAGCAAAGCUGGAAGCCAUGCUGGGCGUGUCCAUCUCCCAGGUGGGCGUGGACGACUGCCCCCACGCCGACUGCGCUCAAUCCGGAGGUUGCUCCACUCAAGUGUCCUUCGGUCAGACCCCGACGGCCCUCAGCAGGGGCAACGUGUCUUUGGUUUCCCUGCCGGCCAAGACCGCGGCGCGGUGUGGUUGCCGCGGACGCGAGGCCGUGCACCUGCCUUGCUCGUCAUACCCAAACAACCCCUGCCUCAACGGGGGCACCUGCCAAGAUAGUCCGCUGGGCUACAGAUGCAAGUGUCCGCCCAUGUUCGACGGGCCCGAGUGUCAGCAGACCAAGCACAGCUUCGGUGGCGGGGGCUACGCUUGGUUCCCCGCCUUGGCGCCGUGCUUCCGGAGCCACAUUUCCGUGGAGUUCCUGACCGAGGCGGCCGACGGGCUGUUGCUCUACAAUGGACCACUAGGACGCACCGCGCAACCGGGAGAGUCCCAAGAUUUCAUUUCUAUCGAGUUGAAGAACGGCGUGCCGGUCCUGAACGUGAAUCACGGCUCCGGAACUCUCACCCUGCAGCUUCCGCCUAAAUCCAACGUGGCAGACCGCCGCUGGCAUCGACUCGACGUCAUCAGCGAUGGCAAGGCUGUGCAGCUGGUCCUGGAUCAGUGCUCGGGGGCACCGGUGAGCGAACCGGAGGGAGUCGGUGGCGGAGACUCUCGGGAAGCGGAUGAGUCCGGCUGCAGGGUGGCCGGUCAAACGCCAGGAAACGAGAGUCACCUUAACGUGUAUCAGCCUCUCCAGCUGGGCGGCGUGAAGCAGACGUCUUCUCGGCUGCCGUACGCAAGUUUCAGCGGCUGCAUCCGCAACCUGCUGGUGGACACUCAGGUGUACGACCUGGCGCGACCCGGCGAGAGUGUGGACAGCACCCCGGGGUGCAGCGCGACGGACGGCGUUUGUUUAACGGCGGCCGGGCCCUCCUGUGGGGCCCGCGCCUCCUGCCUCGCCGACUGGGGAUCCUUCAGCUGCGAGUGUCACCCGGGACACAGCGGACACAAGUGUGACACCGUGGUUCCAGAGUUCUCUUUGGACUCCAACAGCGUGCUGAGAUUCCAUCUUCGAGCCGGGGGCAGCACCAACCGGCGCACCAGCAUCCAACUGCUCCUGCGCACCCGCGCCACCUCGGGCACUUUGCUCUCCGUCAUGUCCCGGGAAGCAGACGAGUACAUCGUGUUGGAGAUCGCAGAGGGUCACCUGUCGGUCCGGGCCGACCUGGGCGACGGGGCCCACGCCCUGCGGCUCUCGGGCCAGCGGGUGGACGUGGGCCAGUGGGUGCUCGUGGGACUCAGUCGUCAUGACAACCUGUUCGUCCUGCGGCUGGAGCAGGGCGGCGGCUCCCGGGAGGUUCAGGGGCGGUUGGGGAGCCGGCGGGAGCUGGUGGUGGACCCGGCGAGCAUCACUGUGGGGAGGGGACCCCGCGGACGAGAAGACGGUGGCUUUAAGGGUUGCAUGCGGGACGUCCGUUUUAAUGGGCGAACGCUACCUCUGGACGGACAGAGCGGCGGUGAGCUGGUGAGCGUGCUGGAGAGGCGCGGAGUCACGUUGGGCUGUUUCAGCGACGCCUGCCGGACGCAACCUUGCCCCGACCCGCUGCGCUGUGUGGACCUGUGGAGGAAACAUCAGUGCAGGUGCCCCGGUAGCCAGGUGACACUGACAGACGAGUCGGGCGCGGAGCGCUGCGUACCGUCGCCGUGCGGCCCCGCCUCGUGCCGCAACGGCGGCGCGUGCCAGCCGCUGUCGGCCGACAGCUUCCGGUGCCGCUGCCACGAGGGUUUUCGCGGGCAACGCUGCGAGCUGGGCCAGUAUCGAGGCCACCGGCUGGCCGCCCUCAGCCCCAGCUCCAUCCUGGCCAUCAGCAUGUGUCUGCUCGUCUUCUUUGCCGUGCUGGUAGCGGUGACCGUGUGGAACCAGAAGGGCAGCCGCAACAAGUUCCGUAAGCGCGGCGUCUACCACAUCCCGACCGAGCACGAGAGCUGGGAGGACGUCCGCGAAAACAUCCUCAACUAUAACGAGGAAGGCGGCGGCGAGCAGGAUCAGAAGGGCUACGACAUGACCGAGCUGAAGCGUCCUCUGCGUUCCAGCCUGUCUCAGUCGUCUUCGUGCACCACGGCUCCACUCAUCAAAUCGUCUCCGGGCUCACAAGAGGAGGUGCGCGCCCCCGCUGCCUCCUGCGCACCCUACCUCAGCAUCCCACAGCCACACCUCCACACGCACCCCCCACCCUCAUCGUCGCGCUCCCACGUGGACUUCAAGAGCUAUGUGUCUCGCAUCGUGUGGGAGGCGGACCAGGAUGAGGACUCGUUCCCGGAGGACGUCUUCCACAGGUGGCGGGAGGAAGGAUCCGGAACUCCGGCAGGGAGCCUUAGCUCGCUGGGGAACGACGACGAGGAAGAGGAAAACGAAGGGGAGAGGCCGCAGGAACGGUUGUCUCGCUGGGGUCCAAAAUUCCAGACGCUGAGCGACAUAUACGACCGCCCUCAGGUGGCACUCUCGUACGGAACCACCGCACGACGGCCUCCCAGCCACUAGGGGGCCACCUGGCAUUCUCGGCUCCUCCUCAUUUUCUGGACUUGACAUCGCUUUCCCCAAAAGUUAAAACUGGGAGCCUGCAUUCCAAAUUGGACACCUUCCGCCAUCUUGGAAGAGGGCAGAGUGACGUUUUUCCAAACUUGGCGGCAACAAUCAUUUAAUGUUUUUCCAACUGGAGCUUUUUCGGACCCUUUGCCUCCUCCUUUUUAGACACAUUUACAAUCUAAAGUUCCCGGAACCUUUUAGUAUUAAAGUUAGUCCUGCACUAGUCAUGUAUUUUUGUUUCCUUUUCUCCAACUAAAAUAAAGACUAAAAAUGUUUAAUUAGUCCUCAGAUGCCUUAGCAAUGUACUAGUGACUUAUUUUUUUAAAAUAGAUUAAACAAUCAAUCAUCUUGACCAACCUUGCUUAGCCCACCACCUAUGUUCACAGGACACCCCCCCCGCCCCAAAAAUAUAUAUAUUUUUUCACCUUAAAAGUCGAAAGAAUACAUUUUCGAUGAGAACAUUUUAGGGUGGGAACCUAUUUUCAAUCUAAAGCGAAAAAAUCUUUUUCCCUGUAUCUGAAGUAUGUGUGCUUCUUCGUUCAAUUGAAAAAAAGUCUUGAGUGUUUGUUGCUUAUUUGAAUUGUAUGAUACAAUGUAAAUAUGGACAUUUUUAUAAUUACCUGAAAAGAAUAUUUCCUUUUGUACAUGAAUUGUAAUAAAUAAAAAGAACUUUUUCCCUGAA